CUGCGUGAAGGGACAAGAGGAAAAAGAGAGGAAGGGUGGAGGGAAAGCCAAAAAAGCUCCCCUCGUUCCCAAACCCCAAUCCUACCCUCUCCCUGUCUCACCCCACUUCUCUCCCCUUCUCGGAUCGUCUUUUCUCCUCUGCUGGGAAGCCUCCAUGUGUGUAAAUGGCCGGGGCACAGCCAGGAGUUCACGCUUUGCAACUCAAACCUGUCAGUGUCUCCGACAACCUGAAGAAAGGCAUCAAAUUUGUCAAAUGGGAUGAUGACUCCACUAUUGUUACUCCAAUUAUUCUGAGGACUGAUCCACAAGGAUUUUUCUUUUAUUGGACAGAUCAAAAUAAGGAGACUGAACUCUUAGAUCUUAGCCUUGUCAAGGAUGCCAGAUGUGGGAAACAUGCCAAAGCCCCAAAGGACCCAAAAUUACGUGAGCUCUUGGAUGUGGGGAACAUUGGACGCUUGGAACAUCGAAUGAUAACUGUGGUGUAUGGUCCGGAUUUGGUCAACAUUUCCUAUUUGAACUUAGUGGCAUUUCAAGAAGAAGUAGCCAAGGAAUGGACAGAUGAGGUUUUCAGUUUGGCAACUAACCUGCUGGCACAAAACAUGUCUAGAGACGCAUUUCUGGAAAAAGCCUAUACCAAACUCAAGCUACAGGUCACUCCUGAAGGACGAAUUCCUCUCAAAAACAUCUAUCGCAUGUUUUCAGCAGACCGAAAACGAGUUGAAACUGCUUUAGAAGCUUGUAGUCUUCCAUCUUCAAGGAAUGAUUCAAUACCUCAAGAAGACUUCACUCCAGAAGUAUAUAGAGUUUUCUUAAACAACCUUUGCCCUCGACCUGAAAUUGAUAACAUCUUUUCUGAAUUUGGUGCCAAGAGUAGACCAUAUCUUACUGUUGAUCAAAUGAUGGAGUUUAUCAAUUUAAAGCAACGAGAUCCCCGACUGAAUGAAAUCCUUUAUCCACCAUUAAAACAGGAACAAGUCCAAGUGCUAAUUGAGAAAUAUGAACCAAACAACUCCUUAGCAAAAAAAGGACAGAUCUCAGUAGAUGGAUUCAUGCGCUAUCUGAGUGGAGAAGAAAAUGGAGUUGUUCCACCUGAGAAACUGGAUUUGAAUGAAGAUAUGUCUCAGCCACUCUCCCAUUAUUUCAUUAAUUCUUCACAUAACACCUACCUCACAGCUGGCCAGCUAGCUGGCAACUCCUCAGUAGAGAUGUAUCGCCAAGUCCUCUUGUCUGGCUGUCGCUGUGUGGAGCUGGACUGCUGGAAGGGAAGAACAGCUGAAGAGGAGCCUGUAAUUACCCAUGGUUUCACUAUGACAACAGAAAUCUCUUUUAAGGAGGUGAUAGAAGCUAUUGCCGAGUGUGCAUUUAAGACAUCACCAUACCCAAUCCUCCUUUCUUUUGAAAAUCAUGUGGAUUCUCCUAAACAGCAAGCCAAGAUGGCAGAAUACUGCAGACUAAUAUUUGGAGAUGCACUGCUUAUGGAGCCAUUAGAAAAAUAUCCACUUGAAUCUGGAGUUCCUCUUCCAAGCCCUAUGGACUUAAUGUAUAAAAUUUUGGUAAAAAACAAAAAGAAAUCACACAAGUCUUCAGAAGGAAGUGCCAAAAAGAAGUUAUCAGAGCAGGCAUCCAAUACUUACAGUGAUUCAUCCAGUGUGUUUGAACCUUCAUCUCCUGGAGCAGGAGAAGCAGACAUGGAGAGUGAUGAUGAUGAUGACGAUGAUGAUGACUGUAAAAAGUCUUCAAUGGAUGAGGGCACUGCUGGUAGUGAAGCCAUGGCCACAGAAGAAAUGUCUAACCUGGUAAACUAUAUACAGCCAGUGAAAUUUGAGUCAUUUGAGACAUCAAAGAAAAGAAACAAAAGUUUUGAAAUGUCUUCUUUUGUGGAAACCAAAGGACUUGAGCAACUAACAAAGUCUCCAGUAGAAUUUGUAGAAUAUAACAAAAUGCAGCUUAGCAGGAUUUAUCCAAAGGGAACACGUGUGGAUUCUUCAAAUUACAUGCCCCAAGUUUUCUGGAAUGCUGGUUGUCAAAUGGUAGCUCUUAACUUCCAAACAGUAGACUUGGCUAUGCAAUUGAACUUGGGGAUGUAUGAAUACAAUGGGAAAAGUGGUUACAGACUAAAGCCAGAAUUUAUGAGACGACCAGACAAGCAUUUUGAUCCAUUUACUGAAGGUAUCGUGGAUGGUAUAGUAGCCAAUACUUUAUCUGUUAAGAUCAUUUCAGGUCAGUUUCUUUCUGAUAAAAAAGUUGGGACUUACGUAGAAAUAGAUAUGUUUGGCUUACCUGUGGACACCAGGAGAAAAGCCUUUAAGACCAAGACAUCUCAAGGAAAUGCUGUAAAUCCAGUCUGGGAAGAAGAACCUAUAGUGUUCAAGAAGGUGGUCCUACCUUCUCUGGCCUGUUUAAGGAUAGCAGCAUAUGAAGAAGGAGGUAAAUUUAUUGGUCACCGGAUAUUGCCUGUACAAGCAAUUCGACCAGGCUAUCACUACAUUUGUCUGAGGAAUGAAAGGAAUCAACCUUUGAUGCUUCCAGCAGUCUUUGUAUACAUAGAGGUGAAAGACUAUGUGCCAGAUACAUAUGCAGAUGUAAUUGAAGCAUUGUCAAAUCCUAUUCGAUAUGUGAACCUGAUGGAGCAAAGAGCUAAGCAGCUAGCAGCACUAACUCUAGAAGAUGAAGAAGAAGUAAAGAAAGAGGCUGAUCUUGGGGAAACACCAACAGAAUCUAAGAGUGAACCCAGACCAGCACCAGCAGAGAAUGGAGUCAAUCACACUACAUCACUGACACCAAAACCACCAUCUCAAGUUGUCCACAAUCAACCAGCCCCAGGUUCAGUUAAAGCACCUGCAAAAACUGAAGAUCUUAUUCAGAGUGUCUUAACAGAUGUGGAAGCCCAGACAAUUGAGGAACUAAAGCAGCAGAAGUCUUUUGUUAAACUUCAGAAGAAACAUUACAAAGAAAUGAAGGACCUCGUGAAAAGACACCACAAGAAAACCACUGACCUCAUCAAAGAGCACACCACAAAGUACAAUGAGAUCCAAAAUGAUUACUUACGAAGGAGGACUGUCCUAGAAAAAAACGCCAAAAAGGACAGUAAAAAGAAAUCUGAACCCAGCAGCCCUGAUCAUGGUUCUUCAACAAUGGAGCAGGACCUUGCUGCCCUGGAUGCAGAAAUGACACAGAAAUUGGUAGAAUUAAAGGACAAGCAACAGCAGCAGCUAUUGAAUCUGCGGCAGGAACAGUAUUACAGUGAAAAAUACCAGAAACGAGAACAUAUCAAAUUGCUUAUUCAGAAAUUGACAGAUGUUGCAGAAGAAUGCCAGAACAAUCAGUUAAAGAAACUGAAAGAAAUCUGUGAGAAAGAAAAGAAAGAAUUGAAGAAGAAAAUGGAUAAAAAAAGACAGGAGAAGAUAACAGAAGCAAAAUCGAAAGACAAGAGCCAAAUGGAAGAGGAGAAGACUGAAAUGAUCCGGUCAUACAUCCAAGAAGUGGUGCAGUACAUAAAGAGACUAGAAGAUGCCCAAAGCAAAAGGCAAGAGAAACUUUUAGAGAAACACAAGGAGAUCCGUCAACAGAUACUGGAUGAAAAACCAAAGAUGCAGGUGGAACUUGACCAGGAAUAUCAAGACAAAUUCAAAAGGCUCCCCCUGGAAAUUCUGGAGUUUGUACAGGAAGCCAUGAAAGGAAAGAUCAGUGAAGAAGGCAAUCACAGUUCAGCCUCUUCUUCCCUCACCUCAGAUAGCAGCAAAGUGAACCACAAGUCUCCCCCAAAUGAGGAAGAACUAGAAGAAGACAAUGCAGAAAAAGUGUUUGAUACAUCCCUUUAACUGUGACCCCAUGAUCCAUAAGCAGGAGCCACAUCUUCCCAAAGCUUGGUCUUUUCCCUUCUUUCUUAUCGUGAGCAUGGAGCAGCAGCUGGUAUCAAGAGGCUUUGCAUAUUACAUAUUGUAUCAGAAGAUACAAUGCAUAUCUCUUGAAGGAAUAUAUCUAGCAAAGUGAUUUGCAGUGUUCUUCAUUCUCAUUCUUCAGUUAAUCAUGCUGAGACAUAGUACAAGUCUUAUGAGGAAGAUAAUGUGUAUAUCAUAGAGAUAUAGGCAUAGAUAUUUACUUUCUUUUUAACCAAGUCAGAUUGGCCCACAUGCACCAUUGGGAACAUUUAACAAAGAAAGCCAUUUGCUGGUUUCUGUUUGAAAUCAAAGUAUUCUAAACCAAUGUAGAAAGUGACAGAAAUGUGCAAUGCUAUUUAAUGCCUUGUAACAGCCAUAUUUGAGGUCUUCAUUUUAACUGCCUGUCAAUAGCCAUAUCGUCAAUUUAAUAUUUGCUUUAAGUUGUUUUAUCUUCUUUGCUUCGCAAGCACUGGUGGCUUGCUGUUUUGAUAUUAUGUUAUCAUAGAGGUAAAAUUGUAUUUGCUGCUGAUAAUUUCACCACCAGAAAUGGUGGUGAAUUUUUAAAAAAAAAUUUUUUUUUUCUUUAAAUUGAAAAAGCAUAACUUGCUUACAUCCAGAUGCAGCCAGACCAAUGGCCUAAAACAGUAAAAACAUAUCAGGAUAGUUUGUUAGGGACUAUUUUAGGAAUCAACUAAGACAGCCGUAUCUUCCGAGAUUUUGAGUUUGAUCUGACCAUUUAGAUUCACAGGUCAUGUACUCACUAGCUAUAAGACUAAAGGUAUUGAAACAGUUGGCAAAUAAUUGACCUAUGAAUCAAAAGGGUAAAGCCACCUUGAAUAUGUAGACACAGCCAUAGCAAACAGACUGUAGUGAGUCAUAUUGACUAUAGACUAGUUCUCACAUUCUAUAGUCCUUUUAUUUGGGGGCAUAGAAAUAAAGAUUGAAUAUUUAUCUAGAGAAUACACACAGACCCAUAUAUAAAUAUAUAUAUAUAUAUAUAAAUAUAUCUUGUAUCCAUACAAACAUAUGCACACAGAACAACACGUGUGUAUCUAUACACAGUCAUAUAUAUGUGGGUAUAUUUGUUAUUUGGCAGUGAACCCAAACUCAUGUAUAAUAAAUUAAAUGAAAUUCAGAUUUAAGUGGGUAAGGAAAGCAAGUUUCUGAUAUCUAGAUUAUGUAGAUAUUAAAUUAUAUUAAAAUAUUAAGAAAAUCUUUUUUUUUUGGCACUGGUAGUUAUAAAACAAAGUUUUGUGAGAACACAAAACACACAUAUAAUUUGCAGGCUUUAAAUAAUUGGUUUUAAGGAUUAGUUUUUAAGGGUCUAUCUGCAUGUUUAAAGAACGUAGAACUUAACAGAAAAGAGAUUGACAAUAUUGGAAAUAUUUUAUUUUCCACAACUAUCUUUUUCCCUAAUUAAAAUUCAGUUUUAUUAAGGUUUGAAACUGAAGCCCUAUACAUUUAAUCCACUGAAUCACAUUUUAAUGUAGUUGAAAACUGACAGUCAAGCAAAUCAAUCACAUGGUAAAGACCAAACAGAUUAUUAUCUUUGAAGGUUUGGAUCAAGUUAAAAUCAGCAUAACUGCUUUUAUUGUUGCUGUUCCAGAUCUGAUUUCAUUGGCAUGAGGGGACACUUGGUAGGAAAAUUCCCUCCACUGAUCAGCAAAUUUUCAGUAAUGUAUAUAGUACUUUAGGCACUGAGAGACUAGGUGACUUGUGCAGGAUUACAAAGCUACUAUAUAUGAGACAGGACUCAACCUCAGGUCUUUCUGCCUCUAAGGCCAAACAAAGCUCUAGUCAGUAUAAUACACUGCCAUUCCAUAGAAAUAAUAUUUAGCUUUUAAUCUAUAGGAGAUGUUCCCAUUAUGUUUUAUUGAAAUUAAAAUAAUUAUCUUUGACAGGAGCAAAGCUAAGCAAUCUAAUACCCAGAAAACUUUUAUGCUCCUUAACUUGUAUUCCCUCAGGAGUUUAAUAUUCUGUGCACCUUAUAUUAUUUACAUUUAAGCAAUAACUACAAGUUAAUUUUGUUUCAAUCAAGAUCAAGCUUAGGUUCAAACCUUUAAAAAUCAAUUUUUAAAAAAAAAAAAAACUUUAGUAAGAUAUGGG